AUGCAUCUCAAAGGAAGUCCUGCCGCUCGAGCUAUUGCAAAACGCCCUUUACCUUGCCCGUCUGAUUCUGAUGCAGCCUUCAAUUGGGUCAAAUCCGAGAUUCGAAGUUGCGAUAGGACUCACAUCCCCUGCCGCUUUUCCGUUGACAGACAAGCCAUUGGCCACCCAGAUGAUCAAAUCCUACCAACUCGUAUCAUAGACCUGACUGAAAAUGACAUAUCUGGAAGUCUGCGCUUGAUUGAGACGCAUGGCCAGAAGAGGGGACGCUGGGCCGCCCUUAGCCACUGUUGGGGUGAUCCCAAGGCUUCCCCACUAAAAACAACUAGUGCUACCUUGGCUCAGCACCUGGAAGAGAUCCCCUUGAGUGCACUGCCGGAGACAUUCCUCGACGCUAUCAGAAUUACCCGCAAGCUGGGGUUAAGAUACAUCUGGAUCGAUUCCAUUUGUAUCGUUCAGGAUGACGAGAGAGACUGGUUGAAGGAAGCCUCCUUAAUGGGAAAUAUUUACCAGCGGGCUUACGUGACGAUCGCGGCAUCUGACUCUCCCAACUCACUUCAUGGCUGUUUCAAUAGAAGGUGGUAUUCAACCCUGUCGUUGCAAUCUCUAGAGCUUCCUUUUUAUAGUUGUCAUGGAUCUACUGGGGCCUUGAGGCGUCGUGGGACCUUUGCAGCUAGUAUUGAAUCGGACGAUACGGGCCUUAAAGAUGCCGUGCUACAGUCAAGAGGCUGGAUCACACAGGAGUGGAUUCUCUCACGCCGUAUAAUACACUAUCGUCAAAAUCAUAUAUUUUGGUGCUGUAGGGUGCAUGGUGUAAAGGAUAGUGGUCAAGAGUUCGAAGACGUCAUCUACAACUGGAAUAUGUCCGGAGUCAGCUGGAAUGAUGUGGUCGAAAGGCAUAGUGAUAGGGCGUUCACAUUUGCUAAAGAUAAGCUCAUAUCUCUGGAUGGACUUGCCACAGCGCUGAAGCACAUGGUUGAGCGCUGGCGGCGGCAUUUUCAUGGCGAAUACCGGUUUGGUAUCUGGUCAGAAACGUUGCCGAAUUGUUUGUUUUGGAUACCGGUAGGAAUUCACGCGGACCCUCACAUGGCACACGUUCCAACCUGGAGCUGGGCU